AUGGUUGCUAGAUUUGUGGGCGCUUUCCACUUUGAAAUGUUGGAGUUGAGAGGUUCCGGUGGAAAUGACAGAACCAUGCAUCCCUAUGCUAUCGACUUUAAACAGCUUCCAGCAGCAAUUGGUGCCAAGAGCCAGGCGUUGGAACCCGAGCUACCUAAGGAGUACGAACGAAAAGAAUACAAGCCUCUAUUCCAAAGUGUCAACCUCUGCGCAUAUAAGAUGGUUACCCAACCUGGUGGGGAAAGUGUCAAGGCAUGGAUUUGUGGCCCAGUAGACGGAAAGAAUGGAAAAAUUGUAUAUGACUGCUGUCCCGGAUACAAAAGAACGCCAAUAGUAAACAACGAAUGCGUUGAAAAGAACCCCACGUAUAUGCCCAUAAUCCCGACGCUAGCAGAAAUGAAUAAAGUGGAAACUGCUGACAUCCUUCACAAGGUUGAACCGGCCUUGGACAAAGAUGGAAAAGACUUCACAGUCUUCGUACCGGAACAAGACAUCGCUUCACAGACCAUCCGAGAGUCUGACAUUAGCAACCUUAUCAUCGACGGUCGCCACUAUUCUGGUGAAUUCACAAGUGGUGCAAACAUAAUCACUAAAAGCGGUUACCCGUUGAAAGUAUCCACUUAUCGCAACGGACUAGUUUUCGUGGAAUGCCAACUUCUUACAAGACCAGAUUAUGAAACUUCAAAUGGUCUCAUUCACGUUACUAGCGGGCCCAUUGAUGCAUCAGACAGGUACGACUCGGUGCUCCAAAGACUCCAAGAUGAUCCAGAUCUAUCAGCAUUUACGGCUGACAUUCCUGCCGACCUUCGAAGCCAACUUGGUGCCGCCAACAUGCUUGGCAAGCCGCCAAACGGAGCAUUAGUGACCCUCAGGCAAGCAAUUUCUGAUCUCGUUAAGCAACACAUAAGCGAUGGACUUGUGUGUGGCCAGUCAUUAGAUGACCAGAAGAGAUUGCUGGGUCCUUCAAAGUCAAAUACAUUUAUUCGUGGCAUGCAGCAGCCUGAUGGAUCAAGAGUGCUUGAAGACUCUUGCGGCGCUAAAAUUGCUUUUCAGAAAAUGGAUAUGAUGGCAGGAAAUGGAGUUGUCCAUAAACUUAACAAUGCUCUAAAAAGUCCUGCAUCGUUGGAUUUUCGCAGUGCUCUGGAUUGCCUUGCUAAUGGCCCGGACCCGGAGCUAAGUCAAGGUGCUCGUGAAAUGGCAGGUUGCGGAAUCGAUAUCCAGCCGAGCAGUGACGCCGUCGUUCUUCUGCCAACACCAGAGGCACUUCGUCGAACCUCGAGGAGCGAUUGUUCCCUCUACCAAAAUCACGUUCUGACCUCACAAGACUGUAAGAUGAAAAACGGGCAUGGAAUAGGUACGCCUCAGGAAUGUCUCUACACCACAAAGUACACAGCUCCGGACGGCAGGCAUCCCAUUGUAACAAACCAAUACAUCCGCACAAGAGAUGGCAGUCGAUUGCAUUUUGGAAAGGCGGAGACUACCAGUCUGCGACCAAUACCAUUCAGAGGCGGUGUGAUCUAUUCAGUAUCAUCAGUCAAUCCUCCUCCGACCAAAACGAUGAUGGAGAUAAUAAGGGGGAACCCUGAACUCAGUGACACAUAUGAAAAGAUGCAGCGUGCAGACUUCGGCAAUAUUCUAAAUCGAAACUCUCCAAACGUUGUUUUCUUUGCACCUCAAAAUCAUGGAUGGAAAACUCGAAACAAAGAGAAUGCGUAUGGGUCAGACCAACUGAGAAAGCUCUUCGAGAUGCAUACUUUGCCGCACCAACUGAUUACCGGCAAAGAUGGUAACAUUGACUCAGAGACCAUACAGAACAUCAAAGCUCUCUCGGGAACAGACAUCACGAUUAAGCGAAAUUUGGAUGGCAAUACCUUCAUCGGCUAUGACGGUCUCGAUCCAAACCACUGGGCAUUGGCCGUUGGAGACCCAAUAAUCGCUAGCGACGGAGUAGUUUCAGUUGUAGAUUGGCCUCUUGUCUGCAGCAACUGCUAA